AUGGCCUAUGGGCCGCGAUAUUCGCAUCCACGCUUGGGAUCAAUUGCUGGUAGGAUACUAUGGACGGAGUUGUAUCGCUGCUCGGCUCAUACCUGCCUGCCUGUCUUUCAACGUUCUCAGGUGUGCCGGUGUGCCAGGCGAAGCAAUGAGCCACUUCAUUGGUUGGGCUGCACCAAAGCAAAGUCACAUAGAAUGCUAUGUCGUCGAUGUGAAUGUUUUAAACGACUCGAUAUGGCAGGUUGGGGCCCAACCCGGUUGCCAACCCGGUUGGGUUGGGACCCGGUAUGGCAGGUUGGGGCCCAACCCGGUUGCCAACCCGGUAUGGCAGGUUGGGGCCCAACCACGUUGCCCGCCCAGCUCUGA